AUGCUGCCCACCCACCUACUCUCCCCUCCCAUCUCCACUCCCGCCUCCUGUGCUGACCGCCCACCACACCCGAGGCAGCGCGGCGCUGUUGAUUCUUCAGCGCGGCCUCGCUUCGGAGUCAGAAUCAACGGAGACGAUGGCACCGAAAACCGAGUCAGUGCGCCGCCUCGGCUGUCUGCGCUCGUGCGAAUCAGACUGCUUCGAGAAGGUACAAAGGUCUGGGAUGACCAUCUAUCCGUAAGGCAAGGCGAAGCGGUCUCUGAAAGACAAGUCUCCCGAGACCAGGCCGAAAAAAAGUGA